AUGGCUCUAUUUAUAACAACAUCAAUGAUCUUUAAAGCUUCAAAAGGUGCAAAACCACAGUGCAAAAACCUUCUUAAAGUACAAAUUGUUUAUUAUUUCGUCUUCUUUGCAAUGACAGCAGCCGAUAACAUUGCAGCAGUAUACUUCAAUCCAUUUUGGAAAUUUAGACAUUUCUCAAACGAUGAAAUAACCACUAUUUGUCUAUAUUACGAAAUUUCAUCAGUAGUUGGAUCACUUUUAUGCACAUACAUUUUAAACUUACUAGGAACGCGUAUUUCUUUAACAUUUUGCUGCUUUUUCAAAUUUUUGGCAAUAUUCGCUAUAUUGAUCUCUCCAAACCCUGUAUUUGCUUAUACGAGCAAAUUUUUCUGGGGAUUAGGAUAUAUGACUACAAAAAUUUGGUUAGAUGAUUGGCUUCUUGAUUUAACAAUCAAAUACGAACUAUCAGUCAAUGAUAGAGGCAUAUUGUUAAAUUAUCGCAUGGUUUUCGUAUUUGUACUGGAUUUGAUUACCACAAACAAGAUUUCUGUUUUCAUUGCAAACCGUGGCUUGAUACCAACUUUUUGGUCAUUGGCCGGAUACUACCUUGCCAUCAUCAUUCCAUCUAUUCUUGUUAUGCACUUCUUGACAGGUUCUCCAAGCGAAAAACCAAAGAAAGAAGAAGAAAAAUCGAAUAUCAAAGUUUCACAAGUACCAAUGCGAACAAUAUCGUUAAUGAUCUACGACAUAAUAUACAUAUUUACAAUUAGCUUCUUUAAAUCACUUUUCGCUUCAAAUUUCCAAAAUCAAAAACUUCCAUUUUCUGUCAUCAUGUCUACAUUCAAUGCAAUGGGAACAUUAGGCACAAUAGUCUCUUCCGUGAUCUUAGAAUACGUUUCUAAUAAGCAACUCCGCUUUAUUAUUUUAAUAGGAUUUGCUGUUGAUCUUUUCACUGCUUUCUUCUUCCCAACAAAUGACUUUGUCAUGUAUUUCGUUACUAUCAACCUUGGACUUUUCGAUGGAAUGAUUACUCCUGUCAUAAUUACAAUGAGGAAAGAAGACAUUCCUGCAGAUAUCAGAGUUCGUUGUCUUUCAUUAGUGAGAACAUUAACAUCUCUUUUGGGCUUCUUCAUAACAUUCGUCAUGAAGUUUUGCCAAAGAAAAGUUUAUUUCGCAAUCUGCGCUUCUUUGUUUGUCUUUUGUUUGUUCUUGCCUGUUUACCAAGCAAUAAUUUAUAAGAUUUUCCUUAUUGGAGCACAUUUAUAUGAAAAAAUAAGUUUACCGAGUAAUUCUUCGGCAUACAAAUCUGUAUCUAAAUUUUAA